CACACAUGAGGUGAGAACAACUCCUCCUCCAGACGGUUGGUGUUCGGCCACCGGACGAUCGAUGGGGCAUCUGGAAACGACCCAUCCUCCACUCCGCAGAGCCCCAUCAGCACAAUUUCCCGCGUCCAACGGUUCAAGAGCGCGCGCGAGCUGCAAUCCUUCCGGCUUGGUCUUAUUACAUAUGCGUGCCUCCCCGCUAUGCUACAUGCUGGGGGUUUUCUUGUUCUGCGUGCUCCAUGCUAUUUGUUCGCUUCUCCUCUUGCAUGGCUUUCAUCUCGUACGCGUCGACUGGUUCCCACACGUGCUCCCAAUGUCUUGUCGAGAACAAUGCAUUGUACCAACACCGUUGGCCUCUUUGUCCGUCAAGGCAUCAUCGAAGCGCCGAGCAUAUGCGGCCAGAAACAAGCCAGAAACAAGCCCUGCUGAGCGUGUAUCGCAAGGACUCGGCCGAUCCCGUCUGAGGAGGCCAAAAAAGUCGCCGAGUAGAGUGAGUCAGACUCUUCAUCACGCCCCGAAACCCGACAGGAAUCACACCGCAACGCAGCAAAAGAAAGCGCAAUGCCUGUAGGGGUCGAUCCGCGACUCGAACGCGGGGCCUCUCGCAAUUUGCUUGGGGUUGCUAGGGUUGUGUGGACUCGGCUUACCACUAGACCAAUCGACCUGAUUCCGGGGGGAAUUCGGAGAAGAGCGGCUAUCAAAUUGUAUAUGACACUUUGAACCAACGAAAAC